AAAAUUUGCAUUGUUAUAUGAUUUGGAGCCAUUCAUGGCAUGGCAUGCUAUUCGUUCCACCACAUGUUUGUCUCUUUUAGUUUUAUCCCUCACUCGCUGUCAUUUCUAAUGAUUCCCAUCGUCAUGUCUUUCCCUCAACUCAUCUCUGUUAGUCCCGACGAACUCCGUUUCCAAUUUGAAUUGGAGAAGCAAACGUUUUGCGAUCUUAGAGUCCUGAAUAACACGGAGAACCAUGUUGCUUUCAAGGUCAAAACCACUUCACCUAAGAAAUACUUCGUACGACCGAACACCGGUGUUAUACAGCCCUGGGAUUCGUGUAUCAUCAGAGUUACCCUCCAAGCCCAACACGAAUACCCUCCAGAUAUGCAGUGUAAAGACAAGUUUCUCGUGCAGAGUACAAUAGUGAAUCCGAAUACUGAUGUGGAUGAUCUCCCACCAGAUACUUUUAAUAAGGAUAGUGGUAAUUCAAUAGAGGAGUUGAAACUAAGAGUUUCGUAUGUCUCUUCUACCUCACCCGAUGGAAGCUCUGAAGAUGAUGCAUCAAAGAACUCUGCACAAAAACUUGAUGCCUCUUCUGGUCAGGCUUUACAGCAUCUGAAGGAAGAAAGGGAUGCCGCUGCCAGACAAACACGACAGCUGCAACAGGAACUGGACAUGCUGAAAAGACAAAGAAACAGAAGUGGCCCUGGCUUUUCCUUGACCUUCGCCAUUUUUGUGGGUCUCAUUGGAGCUUUGCUUGGCUUUCUUUUGAAACUUUUAUUCUCUUCACCAUCUACAGAAUGAUUGAUACUAUUCGAAACCUUUGCAUGUUAUUCAUUUAUAGUACACUUAUAUUCCACUACAUCAGUUCAAC